GAGGACUCUGCAUGAAUUACUGUCACAAAACCUUGUCAAGCCAGAGACUACAAGCCAACUUCUGGAAAUGGCUCAAGAGGACCAGACUGAGACAUCACAACAAACAGCAGCCAGUGACGAAGAGCCGGGGACAGAGAACCAGGCUUCUCCCUCUGUCAUUGAGAUCCUCUAUGACUCUAUGACUGAAUGUGAAGAAGAAGCGAGGCCAAAGCUAGUGCAGAUGGAGGAGAAGGCCUUUGUGUCAAGUCUGCACUCUUUUAUGAAGGACAGAGGUACACCUAUAGAAAGGAUCCCACAUCUGGGCUUCAAGCAGAUUAAUCUUUGGAGGAUCUACAAAGCUGUUGAUAAACUUGGAGGCUAUGAUUCAGUGACAGCACGACGUCUUUGGAAGAAAGUCUAUGAUGAGCUGGGAGGAAGUCCAGGUAGCACCAGCGCUGCUACUUGCACUCGCAGACACUAUGAGAAGCUGGUGCUGCCCUUUGAACGACAAAUAAAUGGAGAGGAGGACAGACCUCUGCCUCCAAGCAAACCACGGAAGCCAUAUAAGAGAAAUUUGGAUGGCAAGGUCACCAAGGCUGAGAGAAAGAGGAAAAUAUCUCAGUCAGAUAGAGAGAUGGAUUCAGAGAUAGAGAUACUCACCGAGAGAAGUCCAGAGGCUGCCUGCCAAAGUGAAGCAGUGAUGCAUCCUCACCCGGCUCUCUGGGUUCCCCCCUCUGAUAGACACCGCCCAGACUGCUCUCUGCCAAACAGAGCAACCACCGCUCUUUGCACUCCUGUCUAUGCCCACCUCGUCCAGGUCCCCACAUCCAGCCCCUGGACGGCUCAUAUCCCGUCUUCUGCCGGAGAGGUCAUCUCCCCUCUGGAGAAAAAAAAGCGGAUGGCUCAGGCGAGCCUUAACUUGCCACUGAAUCCUUACACUGAGGAUAAAGAAAGGCCCUCCGUCAUUCACUGCUCCCAGUCUCCAGCCCGGGCUUCUUCCAGCCGGAACUGCGACUCCUCCGACAGCUCCCCGCUGCCUUUAAGUCCUUCCUCCUCACGCAGCCCAUCCCCUUACUCUGUUUCAUCAGAGGACGGUCCACAAGGGAAUGAAGAUAAACCUGCAUUAGGCUCUGAACUAUCCCAAAACUGUACCAGCUCGGUGAAUACGCCCAACUGUGGUGAGGAAAGGAAGUCUGUGAGCUGCUGUCAGAUAUCCAAAGACCCCGAAGGACAGAAAAAAGGCAUCAACUCCCCAUCCAAACACUCCGUUAAGGUCCAGAAUAAAGACUCUGACUGGAAGCCAAUCCACAAAGAGAGUCGAAAAUAUUCCACCCAACCUUUCCAUUCAUUCUCGGAUUGGGCUCCAACAUCUACCUCUAGUUUCACCAAAGUCAUUCCAAAAUCUGUGCAGCUUCUGCGGCCCGCUCCUAUUCGGCCAGCUUAUAAACUCCAGCAGGGCAGAUCGAUGCAGCAGGACCAGUCUCUGACUUGUGCGAAGAGGCAGAACAACACGGCUCCAUGGUUUUAUCAAACAGAGAAGAGGGAGAAAUCCAGGACAGUGCAACAGAAAGUUCCCCCCCCUCAGCAGAGUUCCCCCCAUUCGACCGCCAGUCUGCCGGUGUCGUGCGUGCUGUCGAGCUACGACAAAUCAGGGAGGGACUCUCGACACCAGCCUCUAUUACACCCAGCUUUUUUCACCAACAGAAUGAGACUACCUCAAUCCCAGCUAGUAUACCGACACGUCCCGAUGAGUCCAGUUCACUCUGCUCUCAUAGGGUCUGCUGUUUAUCCAUAUCCCUACUCCAUUCCUCUGUUAAAUCCCCAAACAGGAUAUGCCUUACCUGCCAUGCAUCCAAUUUAUCCUCACAAGCUGUGAUUCUUUGUAUUUCAACUCUAGACUUCAAUAAUAAUAGUAAUAAUGAUAAGAAGAAGAAGAAGUAUGUCAGACAGAAAUAUUUAGGUGAUGUGGCUUUACACACAGGCAUCCCCCAGAGGGACACCAGUUACUGUAAAAUCAUUAACUGUGUGACUGUGUUGACCUUCUGUGGCCAAAACCAAACUACGCUGAAGGGAAAUGAAGUCCCAGCAGUGACAACGAGAUGUACAGUAUUUAUAGGAUUACAGUGAAACAGGUUAAAUCGUGCUUAAAACGAAUCAUUUUUUAUCGCUUAGCAGAACUGUGCAAAAUGUACUUAUUAACUAUAUGUAUUAUUUUGUAUAGCUAUAGUCUCAUUAAAUGCAAAGAAUAAGUUAAAGUUCUUAUUUAAUGAUAUAUUUUUGUGAUUAUGCCAAAUUUUCAAUUGAUGGCCUAACUAUAUCCUGUUAAUUAAACAAACCACAGUCGUUGCACAUCACUUCUCACUUGCACCAUUUCAAUACUCUGUUGAAAGCAAAGGACCUUCUUAUUGUACUGUAUUGUGAAGUCUGUUGAACAUAAUGAUACUUUAUGAAUACUGUAUACAAUAUUCAUAAAGUAUCAUUAUGUACAUAUAUGUACCGUGUAUCAGUGUUAGAUAUGUUUAAAAGAUAUGCAGAUUCCAGUCAUGCAAAUGUAUUUAAACAGAAAGUAAAUAAAUGGUCAUAGAUAAAUGACAAAAAUGCACAUACAUUAUUUUUUUUUUGUUGUUAACUGUAGAAAUGUUUCUUCAUACCAUAUCGUAAAAUAUUUCACCAAAGCCCUAAUCAUUUUGAAUAA